AAAAUGUACUCACUGAAGCGCACAUAAAUUUUUAAUAACAUAAGCAAAGAUAUAAGCUGCAUCAUUCGUGUGCAAUUGAUUACACGCACAUUUUUAUAUAAAGAUAACGCAUGUUACACAAUUCUUUUAGAAUCAAUACAUAAAAAAUAAGAAAUAAAAUGCACAAGAAGAAAAACCUAUAGAUGAAAAUAAGAGGUGCCAAACACGGCAAUAGAACAAGAAGCGAGAGCGAGACAAAAGAGACGAAAUUAACGAGCAGGAGGGGAUAGAGAUAUUCGUCUCCUCUCUCCCGUAUCAGCAGUUAACACUCGGUCUCCUCGUGACCGCUCGUGACGUUUGUGUGGCAAUCGCACCGCUCAGUACAGUCGCAUUUUCGUAACUCGUCGUUUCUGCAUGGCACAUGUGCGUCUUACGCAUGCUAAAACUUUGGAGAUACCUGCAGCAAACAAGUGUGUGGUGCACGCAGCAUUUCCGCUGUACGUAACUUCGCCCGAUGUUGCUGCCUCUGGCCGACGAUCGUCGAUAACGAACAAGUGGAAUUAUCAGUUUAGCUUAGCAACAGCAGUAACAGUAACACCAGCAGCAGAAGCAGCAGCAGUAACAACAACAAGAACAGCAAUAAUAACAGCAACGGCAAUAGCAAUAGCAAUAGCAGCAUGCCGACUACGAGAGGUUCCGGGUACUUGAAGCGUGCGAAUACUGAACGCCUCCAUGAAAUUUUUAAUCAGUACGCUUCGCAAGAAAAGAAUGGCGAGAGGUUCAUGACUGCGUCUGAUUUUGUACGCAGUUAUCUUGGCCUUUACACAGAUGCCGAUUAUAAUCCCGAUUCUGUCAAUUUACUUGCUGGUAUUGUCGACACUAGCAAAGAUGGACUUAUAUCAUUUGCCGAAUUUCAAGCAUUUGAAGGUCUUCUCUGUGUACCAGAUGCUCUAUAUAAAACAGCUUUUCAACUCUUUGAUACUAAUGGAAAUGGAAUGGUUGCAUUUGACGAGUUCGCUGAGGUGAUGCGGAAAACUGUACUGCAUCAGAAAAUGCCAUUUCAUAUGGACAGUAGUUUUAUAAAACUCUACUUUGGAAAGGAUAAGAAAAGACUGAUUACCUAUGCAGAGUUUAGUCAGUUUUUGCAUGAUUUCCAUGAAGAAUAUGCAAUAGAAGCUUUUAAGAAAUUUGAUAAGGAUGGCGCAGGUUUUAUUUCAGCGUUAGACUUUCAAGACAUUAUGCUGAGUAUUAAGAGUCACCUACUCACAAAAGAUGUGAAGGAUAAUCUGAUUGCUGCAGUUGGUGUCGGACAAAGCGGGCGGAAAGUCAGUUUUCCAUACUUUAUGGCAUUCAAUUCUCUUCUAAACAAUAUGGAACUUAUUAAACGUAUCUACUUAAAUGCGACCAAUGGUCAUAGGUAUCAAGAAGUUACCAAAGAGGAAUUUCUUUAUUCUGCACAAAUGAUGUCCCAGAUAACCCCAUUGGAAGUAGAUAUCUUGUUUUAUCUUUGCGAUUUACUUCAUCAAACUGGACCUACGGAAGAUGACGAGGCAGAUUCGCGGCUUGGGAAAAUUGUAUACAAUGACCUCGUGGCUAUUACACCUGAGCAAUAUUUCAAGCAGAUUACAAAACGUGUUGCUGCGAUUAAAGCGGUAUCGAGUCCAGAUGAACGUGGUAUUAUUGUACAAAUACUCGAAAGUGGAUACCGAUUCGUGCUUGGUUCCAUCGGUGGAGCCGUUGGUGCUACCGCUGUAUAUCCUAUCGACUUGGUGAAGACAAGAAUGCAGAAUCAGAGGACUGGAUCUUUUAUAGGCGAGCUGAUGUAUAGAAAUAGUUUUGAUUGUUGUAAAAAGGUGAUCCGGCAUGAAGGUUUCUUCGGUCUUUAUCGAGGCCUGGUGCCUCAAUUAAUGGGAGUAGCCCCGGAAAAGGCUAUUAAACUGACAGUUAACGAUUUUGUCAGGGAUAAGUUUAUGGAUAAAAAUGGAAAUUUACCGCUGUAUGGAGAAAUUAUGUCUGGCGCCUGUGCUGGAGGAUCGCAGGUCAUAUUUACCAAUCCUCUAGAGAUAGUAAAAAUCCGGCUACAAGUAGCUGGCGAAAUUGCAGCAGGGUCAAAAGUUAGGGCGUGGACCGUCGUCAAGGAAUUAGGUCUUUUUGGAUUGUACAAAGGUGCUAGAGCUUGCUUUUUGCGAGACGUGCCGUUUAGCGCAAUUUACUUCCCUAUGUAUGCUCACACGAAAGCGCGAUUGGCCGACGAAGGGGGUUACAAUACGCCAUUGUCGCUCCUCGUUUCUGGCGCGAUCGCCGGUGUACCUGCAGCAGCGCUGGUCACCCCUGCGGAUGUAAUAAAAACGAGAUUGCAGGUCGUAGCUAGAGAAGGUCAAACUACGUACAACGGACUGCUGGAUUGCGCGAGGAAAAUUUACAGAGAAGAAGGUGCUAGGGCAUUUUGGAAAGGCGCGACAGCUCGAGUGUUCAGAUCGUCACCUCAGUUUGGUGUCACUCUCUUCACGUAUGAAUUGCUGCAAAGACUGUUUGUGGUCGAUUUUGGAGGAUCCCGACCUACCGGCUCGGAACAAAAGGUGCCUACCAUGGGAGUCGCGGAUGAAAUUCGAUCAACGAACCCAGAUCAUAUAGGUGGCUACCAAGUAGCUCUGCCCAUCUUCACGGGUAUAGAAACCAAGUUUGGUCUUUGCCUACCCAGGUUCCAAGCUGUUAUCGGAAAGUAACAGUAUCAUUAGCAGCUAUGAGAGAAAACAAGCUUUGUAGCAAUCCCUGCCAUAAAUAUGUAUAAUCUACGAGUACUGAGCGCCGAUUGCUUCACCGACUGGGACGCGGACGUGGUGCGUGUGAGCUUUACAAACUACGUAAAUCAUGAAUUCUGCGCGAUUCUGCGUUCCAUGAUUCCAUCAUUUCAACAAUCAUCUCGGCCAUUUCGGUACCAUGCAAACCACAUGAAAUCGACAAGAAGGAAUAAUCGUCGGUUGAUGUUGAUACUAAUACUUGAUGUGUACGACAUGUGUAAUUAUAGAUCGAUGGAGGAGAAGUACAAAAUCCGUCGUUGCGGUAUGUCCAAGAACAUUCGUGAUAACUGAGUCGAUGCAGUCAAUUGACACAGGAACAAAUCCGAUGGCAUUAAAACUAUUUAUUUUGAUACUAUAUAAAUAUGUUAUUUCAAAUUAAUGCCAUCUGUAUGUAAUUAUUUUACAAAGCGAGAGAAAGAGAGAGAGAGAGAGUGUGUGUGUGUGUGUGUAUGUGUGACGUUUAUCGACGAUUUGUUAUCGCUAACUUUAAACAGUUGAAACGUUUCUGCCGAUACGCGUAUAUCAACAAAUUAAAUGUGUGUUCGUUAAAUCGCGAAUGAUUAACACCAACGAAUAUGAGUGUGAUGUUUUAGUGAGGAUUAAUCCGCGAUGGCCCUGACGUGUACGCACCACCAUAUAUUUAUAAAGCUCAGAGUAAUAACGAAUUAGGCCUCUACAAUUACAUUUAUUAUUUAUCCAAAUGCCUAGUUAUGUGUAUUAACUCUUAUAGCUGGUGAAUAAAAGGCCAAUAAAUUUGUUUU